AUGGAGAGUACGCCCAGCUUCCUGAAGGACGCCCCAGCCUGGGAGAAGAUAACCCCUGAGAAUGGCAUUGUGGGACAGGAGUCGGAUACCCUGCCUCGAGAUGGCCUGCGUCGUGGGGCACUGUGCCUGGGAGAGUCUGCCCCCUUCUGGAGGGGUGUCCUAAGCACCCCAGACUCUUGGCGUCCCCCUGGCUUUCCCCAGAGCCCCAAGGACACGCUCCCACUGGUGGAGGGAGAAGACCCCCGCAAUGGGGAGAGGAAGGCCAGCUGGCUGGGCAGCAAAGAGGGUCUGCGCUGGAAGGAGGCAAUGCUAAACCACCCACUGGCACUCUGUGGCUCCGCGUGCCCGCCCCGCUAUGGCCCCCUGAUUCCUGAGCAUAAUGGUGGCCAUCCCAAGAGUGACCCUGUGGCCUUCCGGCCCUUGCACUGCCCCUUCCUGCUGGAGACCAAGAUCCUGGAGCAAGCUCCCUUCUGGAUGCCCACCUGCUUGCCACCCUACCUAGUGUCCAGCCUGCCCCCAGAGCGUCCAUGUGACUGGCCCCUGGCCCCACACCCCUGGGUGUACUCAGGGGGACAGCCCAAAGUGCCCUCUGCCUUUGGCUUAGGCAGCAAGGGCUUUUACCACAAGGAUCCAAGUGUUCUCAGGCUGGCAAAGGAGCCAUUGGCAACUGUGGAACCUGGGUUGCUGGGCUUAGCCCCUGGUGGGCGUCUCCAGAGAACUGGGGAAGUGGAACGUCCUUCAUUCCAUCAGAGAGACGGAGAGGCAGGAGUCAGCAGGCAUCAGAAUCUUUGCCCAUUUCUCCUGGGACAUCCAGAUGCUGUUCCCCGGAACCCCUGGCCCACUUGUCCCCCAGGCCUGGUUCAUACUCUUGGCAACGUCUGGGCUGUACCAGGGGGUGGGAGCCUUGGGUGCCAGCUGGGGCCAUCAGCCACGCUGAGGUGCCCCUCUCCUGGGCCUCCUACCACGCAGGUGGGCUGUUGUUCAUCUCACCCACCUGCUAGAGAUAGAGAUCUUGGCCCUUGUGGGAAGUGCCAGGAGCGCCUGGAGGGGGGCACCAUUGGGCCCAGCGAAUCCAACGAGGAAGCAAACAAGACCUCUGGUCCCAGGGCCUGCCCACCCAGCCAUCAUACCAAGCUGAAGAAGACAUGGCUCACACGACACUCAGAGCAGUUCAGGUGUCCAGGUGGCUGCCCUGGCGCUGAGGAGAACCCAUCUGCCCACCUGCAGGCCCUCAAGAGGGCAAGCAGCCCUGAGGUCCAGGGGGCAGGUGGCAGCCCAGCUGCCAAGCGCCCACCCAACCCUUUCCCAGGCAGUGCGGGGCAGGGGGCCAGAGAUUGGCAGGAGAUCCUCAACUCAUCCUUUGGGAACAAAGUGGAGGCAGAACAGCAUGAUGACCACAGAGGACCCCAAGAUGGUAGGGCCAGCAGCCUCCAGGACCCAGGGCUUCAGGAUACACCUUGUUCGGCUCCUCUGGCAUGCGUGGCUCAGUGCCAAAGCUGUACCCAUGCAGCUGGAGAGGUGGGAGGGCCGGCCUGCCACUCCCGGCAAGUGCUGAGAUUGCCUCCGGAAGGGGAACAGCAUCAGGAGGAAGACUUAGCAGUCAGCUCUGAGGGAGGAGGGUCUGGCCCUGAGGCCCAGAUCAGCAAGGGCCUUGCCAAGCAUCUGCUAAGUGGUUUGGGGGAUCGACUAUGCCGUCUGCUGCGGAGGGAGCGUGAAGCCCUGGCCUGGGCGCAGCGGGAAGGCCAGGGGCCAACCAGGACAGAGGACAACCCAAGCAUUCCACUCUGCUGCAGCAGCUGCCAUCGUGGACUCUUCAACACCCACUGGAAAUGCCCCCACUGCAGCCACCGGCUGUGUGUGGCCUGUGGUCGCAUGGCAGGUGCUAGGAGGGCCAGGGACAAAGCAGGCUCUCAGGAGCAGUCCACAGAGGAGUGUCCUCAAGAGGCUGGGCAUAGUGCCAGUUCCCUGAUGCUCACCCAGUUCAUCUCCAGCCAAGCUCUGGCAGAAUUGAGCACCGCCAUGCACCAGGUUUGGGUCAAGUUUGACAUCCGGGGGCACUGCCCCUGCCAAGCUGAUGCCCGGGUGUGGGCCGCUGGGGAUGGGGGCCAGCAGAAGGAGCCGACAGAGAAAACUCCCCCAAUUCCACAAUCUUCUUGCAACGGGGAUACUGACAGGACCAAGGACAUCAAGGAAGAGACCCCCGACUCCACGGAGACCCCAGCAGAAGACCGUGCCAGCCGAGGGCCCCUGCCUUGUCCCUCUCUCUGUGAACUGCUGGCUUCCACUGCUGUCAAACUCUGCCUGGGGCACGAGAGGAUACACAUGGCCUUUGCCCCAGUCACUCCUGCCCUGCCCAGCGACGACCGCAUCACCAACAUCCUGGACAGCAUCAUCGCACAGGUGGUAGAAAGGAAGAUCCAGGAGAAAGCCCUGGGGCCGGGGCUGCGGGCUGGGCCAGGCCUGCGCAAAGGCCUGGGCCUACCCCUCUCGCCAGUGCGGCCACGGCUGCCUCCUCCCGGAGCUUUGCUGUGGCUGCAGGAGCCCAGACCUCAGCGAGGCUUCCACCUCUUCCAGGAGCACUGGAGGCAGGGCCAGCCCGUGUUGGUGUCAGGGAUUCAGAGGACACUGCAAGGCAACCUGUGGGAGACGGAAGCUCUUGGAGCACUUGGAGGCCAAGUGCAGGCACUGACCCCCCUUGGACCUCCCCAGCCCACAAGCCUCCACAGUGCAACGUUCUGGGAGGGAUUCUCCAGGCCUGAAAUUCGCCCAAAGUCAGAUGAGGGCUCCGUCCUCCUGCUGCACAGAGCUCUGGGGGACGAGGACACCAGCAGGAUGGAGAACCUGGCUGCCAGCCUGCCACUCCCAGAGUACUGUGCCCACCAUGGGAAACUCAACCUGGCUUCCUACCUCCCACCUGGUCCUGCCCUGCGUCCACUGGAGCCCCAGCUGUGGGCAGCGUAUGGUGUGAGCCCACACCGUGGGCACCUGGGAACCAAGAACCUCUGUGUGGAGGUGGCUGACCUGGUCAGUGUCCUGGUACGUGCUGAGGCCCCACUGCCUACCUGGCACCGGGCACAGAAAGACUUCCUCUCAGGCCUGGACGGGGAGGGGCUCUGGUCUCCAGGCAGCCAGGUCAGCACCGUGUGGCACGUGUUCCGGGCACAGGAUGCCCAACGCAUCCGCCGCUUUCUCCAGAUGGUGUGCCCGGCUGGAGCAGGCAACCUGGAGCCUGGCACCCCGGGCAGCUGCUACCUGGACGCAGGCCUGCGGCGGCGCCUACGGGAGGAAUGGGGCGUGAGCUGCUGGACCCUGCUGCAGGCCCCUGGAGAGGCUGUGCUGGUGCCUGCGGGGGCUCCCCACCAGGUACAGGGCCUAGUAAGCACAGUGAGUGUCACUCAGCACUUCCUGUCCCCGGAGACCUCUGCCCUCUCUGCUCAGCUCUGCCACCAGGGACCCAGCCUGCCCCCUGAUCACCGCCUGCUUUAUGCCCAGAUGGACUGGGCUGUGUUCCAAGCAGUGAAGGUGGCUGUGGGAACAUUACAGGAGGCUAAAUAG